AUGGGAAAAGGGUGUGAGCUUGGAACCUCUGUUCUUGCCCGCAUCACAGUUUUUCGCUUGACAUCAUUAUUUAUAAUCAUCACAACUAUUUCUAUUAUAGUUGACUUUUCUGGUCUUAUUCUUCCGUCUGGUACUCUGGUUAGAAUUUUAGAACUCAAUGCGUCCUAUUUCCUGAAAUCUGGAGGCUAUUUUGUUAUCAAUCAAGGUCAAUUCUUGAUCCUUAUACUCAUUCAUAUGUUGAAUCUUUAUUUGGCAAACUGCGUAGAUUCUACUAUUCCGAUAGAGGCUGUAUUUGCUUCUGAAAUGAAGAAGCUGCAAGCAGAGCAAUUUAAACCAAUGGAUCAAGUCACCCUUGAAUCCUCAUAUUUCUUUUAA